GUGGUAGAGGUGACCGGACUAUAGGAACGGGCAUCACGUUCAGGCGCAGUUUCUAAUUUAUUUUCCCUAGGUUCCCUUCAGAAAAUUCAGAUUUUUACCCUGAGAUCCCGAUCUACUUACCCGAUAGGCGGUGAUCCGUUGCAGUAGUUUGGUUCAAGGGGCGAAACCUCUGCUCUUUAUAACCCUCUCAAUGGUUCCGCACUCAACCUGAUCAUGCACCCCUCAUACAUCGACUCCGUCUCAAGAGCUCAUCCAGCCAUGUCCGAUUCGAUUAGUUAUCCCCCAUCUGCCCAUUAUAUACCCCCAUACUAUCCACCGCCACAGGCUCAGCCCCACGCGCAUCUUCUUGCUCCGCCCGUACGGAUGGAACAAGUCCAGCGAAGGAGGCCGAAAUAUACGCGCAGCAAGACCGGCUGCUUGACCUGUCGUAUCAAAAAGAUCAAGUGUGACGAGACAAAGCCGAAUUGCGUCCGAUGUGUUCAUGGACAGAGAGAGUGCACAUGGCCGGACGGUGUCCCACAGCGUAAGAAGAGCACGUCUAAAAGGGUGGAGACAGUAGAUGGUAGACCAUCGACCGCAGGCUCGUCGGGGUUGUCUGAGGGUUCGACGCCUCCGACUCGGGACAGCACGCCACCCAUCAAGCGAGAGAAUCAAGAGCUGGGAUUACCGCCACUCCUGUCCAAGAGGCACAGCGACCCUUUCUUGCAUAUGCCACCGCCCCUCCCUCCGACGUUGGACACUGGGUAUCGCUCGCACUCGAGCUCGUUACAAAACAGUUCACCGCACUAUUCUACCCUCCCCGUUCAUCCUCAAUCCAAUGCCCUACCCGUAAUUCCGGAAAUGCCUCUCUCAUACCACACCAUGCCCCCUGUCGAUCGCUACGCUAGCACUCCGCAUUCAUAUAUCCCUGCUUCUCAGAUGGUCGCCAGUCGCCCUCCGCAAGGUCACAGCUACCGGCUUGCCGAUAAUUCUCAGCCACAAUCGAUGGGCCAUUGGCACCACUCUUCGCAUGCUGACUCUGUUGAUCCCUAUUACUCUACUAUCGGCGACAGAAACCUGAUGGGACAGACGCCCCUUGAUAACCAUCAUUCCAGAUACCCUUGAUGCCGACUUCGCAUAGUUGUGCCCUUCUGUGUAACGACUUUUGAUUAGCAACUCACCAUAUACCAUACAAUCUGUCAGGGUAUUUAUUUUCUUUUACCCCGUCGAAUAUAGUCGAAUAUUAUAACUGCAUGAUUAACAAGGAUAUAUGAAGUUUGUACGUACGUUUCGAAGCAUUCAAUGGCGUAUUCUAUACGAAGG